CUGACAUUUUAUUUCCAGUUCCAGUUUAAAUUCACAUUUGUAUGUAGCUACCUCAGCAAGAUUUUGCUGCCUUUGUUCCUCAAGUCUCAUAAGAAGUCUCAGGCGUCGAUUUCAUUUUGGCUUUGAAUUGCGGCAAAAGUUGUGGAAAAGUUGAUUUUUGGAUUCCUUCCACCAAAACAAACUACGGGAUACUUUCAUGAAGAAGAGAUACUGAGAGUCAGAAUCAUCUGAACGUUCACUGAAGAUAGCUCUGAAGAAGAAUGAUGAGCUCUCCCUCCUUGCUGAUCCUGCUUGUUGAUUGCAUUUUUGUACAUGCAGCUUUCUUCGAAGGGAACACCGACCCAUCAAACAUCUGUCAGAAAUGCAUCUCUCACAACUUCUGCAACUGCUCAUCGGUGAAGCUAGAGAAUGUUCCACGUGUAGUAGAAAAUGUACUGAGAUUUGAUCUGUCUCAUAACGAGAUCACACAGAUUAAGGACACUGAUUUCAUAAUCUAUGUGAAACUCAAAAGACUUCAAUUGCAAUCAAAUCGAAUCCACUCUAUUUCGGAGCAGGCGUUCCAGCAUAACACAGACCUAGAGUAUCUUGACUUAUCGAAUAAUCUUUUGACAUGCCUGUCACCGCAUUGGUUUGAACUUCUUUCCAAAUUACAAUACCUGAACAUUUUAGGAAACAAUUACACAGAUUUGGGAUCGGGGAGAAUUUUCUCAAAUCUGACGAGACUGAGAUGGUUAGAAUUUGGCAAUCCUUCUCUCUCUGUUCUAAAGAAAGGUGACUUUGUAGGGGUUGCACAUCUGGAUGAGUUUAUUGUAACAGCAGAGAAAUUACAGGUAUAUGAGAAAGGGAGCUUCAGUUCAUUCAGCAGUAUAAGUCAUGCAAGCUUAAGUCUGCCUUACACAUUUCUGAAUAAACCAAGUCAGGCUCAGCAGAUUUUUGUUGAUUUGUCAGAACUCACCACCCACAUGGAGCUAAGAAAUGUAGCAUUUCCGGACAAAAGGGACAAUCAGCCAUUCUUAUCAGUACAAAAUUCGUCAUUGAGAAAAUUGAGUUUCAGAAAUACUUUUCUUACUGAAAACACUGUAAUAAAUUUCCUAAGUUCAGUGAAAAGCACAGAAGUAUCUGAACUCGUAGUAAAAGACAGUGAACUUUCAGGUGUUGGGAAAUGGUAUGGAAUAGACAACUUAAAAACUAAUUCUCUCGAUACAAUAUUAUUAAGUAAUAUAUCGAUUAAACACUUCUAUUUAUUUCAUGAUCUUUCAAGUAUUAGUGAUCUGUUUCAAUCCAUUAAAAAUGCCACAUUUACAAAACUAACAAUGUUUCUGAUGCCCUGCACUGUAUCCAAAAAGUUAAAAGAUAUGGAAUACCUUGAUUUAACAGACAAUUUGUUAAGUGAUAGGAGUUUGGACGAAACUGUCUGUUCAGGAGCUUGGCGUUCAUUACGUUAUCUUAUUCUGAGAAAGAAUCUUUUUAAAUCCCUGGCUAGAACAAGCACAAAAUUAACCACACUUCCUAAACUUAUCCAUUUAGAUUUGAGCCAGAACAGAUUCAGUGACAUAAAGACUUCAUGCAAAUGGUCUGAAAAGCUACAAUUUCUAAACCUUUCGAGCUGCACUAUCAAAAAUAUAGAAGAAUGUGUCCCUCCAAAUGUUGAAGUGUUGGAUUUAAGUAACAAUAUUAUCAGCAGUUUUGCUGUUAAUCUUCCUUCUCUCAAAGAAUUAAAUCUGUCCAAUAAUAAGUUUAAAAGUUUACCAGGUGAUGGCUACUUACCAAAGAUGGAAAUUCUGAAGAUCAGCAGUAAUAAACUCACCUCUCUCUCAGCUGAAGAAGUCAAGACAUUUCAGAAGCUUCAAUUUUUAGAAGCUGGAAGGAAUAAUUACAUUUGUUCAUGUGAAUUUCUAUUCUCUAUGAAUAAUGGCAUGACAGUUGAACUGUUGGACCGAGCGGAAGAUUACAUUUGUGAUUCACCUUUAAUUCUCAGGGGAAAGAUGGUUCAAAAUACUAAGCGCUCUUUUUUUGACUGUCACAAAACAUUGUCCCUAGCCUUACUGUGUGUUGGCACAAUUUUGACCGUAGUCAUUGUUGUGGUGAUGUGUUACAAGUAUCAUGUGUUCUGGUAUAUCCAAAUGACAUGGGCAUGGCUGAAGGCGAAGAGGAAGCCAAAGAAUGUGAAGAAUAAUAAUAUUUGUUAUGACGCAUUUGUCUCUUAUAGUCAGAUGGACUCAGAGUGGGUGGAAAACCUGCUGGUAAGUGAGUUAGAAAGUGCUCAUCCACCGCUGACGCUCUGCCUUCAUAAGCGCGAUUUCAUCCCAGGCAAGUGGAUAAUUGACAACAUUAUUGAGUCCAUUGAGAAAAGUAGGAAAACCCUCUUUGUUUUGUCUCAACACUUUGUCCAAAGUGAGUGGUGCAAGUACGAGCUUGAUUAUACUCAUUUUCGUCUACUUGAUGAAAAUGAUGAUUCAGCCAUCCUUGUUCUGUUGGAGGUGAUUCCAAAGGAAACCAUUCCUCAAAGAUUCUGCAAGCUGAGGAAACUGAUGAAUACAAAAACCUAUUUGGAAUGGCCUCAGGAUGAAGUGGAGCAACAGAAAUUCUGGCUUUCUUUAAAAGUAGCAUUAAAAGAAGAAUCAAAUGAUUCUGUUGCCAAAAAGAUUUAAGUGUGUUUACAAAAUGUUUACUUUUAAACCAACUAAUUUGGAGGCGGUCUCAUUCACAGCUUAUUGAAACAACAAGGAUUCUUAAAGGACUUAUCAGAGUAAAUGUUGAGAAAUUGUUUCUCCUCAUGGGAGAGGCUAGGACCAGAAGGUAUCGUCUCAGAAUAAAGGGGCACCAAUUUAAGACUAAGAUGAGGGAGAAUUUCUUCCCUCAGAACUGAGAGUUUGGAAUUCCUUGCCACAGAGAACUGUGGGGCAGCAUCCUUUUGUAUAUUUAAAGCAGAGAUAGAUAGAUUUUUGAUCUCUAUGGGAAUUAAGGGUUAUGCAGAAAAGGCAGAGAAGUGGAUGUGAGGAAUGUCUGAUCAGCUAUAAUCACAUUGAAUGGUGAGGGAGACUGGAGGUGUAGAAUGACCUGCUCCUGUUCCUAUUUUUUUGGAAGUAUCUGAGAAAAUAUUGGUUUAUAGAUGUCUGACUUGAAUGCAAAAAAAAUGGGUUGCAUGUGUUUUCAGAAAACAAGUUUUACCUUUUGCAAGCAGAAGAGAAAUGCAGCAAGAACAAGAACAAACUAAUAUGAUCAAAAGCUGCUGAACAGAACAUAGAUUUUCAUGUGUUUCUCAGAUAAAUUGCACGUGGAUUUUAUGCACUUUUUAAAAAAGAACUGCUCCACUCUAACCUUCAGUAUAUCCCAUUAAAAAUAACCACCAGAAGCUGAGCAUUUACUCGCCUAUCUUUGUGAAUGAGUCAAGCCAUGUUUGUAGCCAUGACAACCAGUUGGUUAUAGUUGACCUAACAGAGGCUAGUCACUUUACAGGAAUGGAGCAUUAAACAUUUACACACAGUUGUAAUAUCUUCAAAUAACAGUCUUUUUACGUCAAUGAAGUGCUUUUUUCUAAAUGUGGAAAAGAAAAUCAUUCUUCGUAUUACACUUCUCUCCUGCUACUUAUACAAUUCUUACUCACAUUAACAUUUGUAGAUCACUAGUUACUGUUUAUCAUGGAUAUAUUGAAAGUUUAGUUUUAAUCUUUGAACCUUAAUUUAGAAUGUAUUGAUUCUUUGGACUUGGGUGUGAAAAUGCUCCUGACUUUUGUCUUUGUUGUGCUGUUAGUAUUUGCAAAGUGCCAGUACUAAAUAUAUGUAAAAUAAAUGAA